AUGACCACCAAAGGAAGCUGCAUGUGCGGAGCCGUCGAAUACGAGUUCACCGGCGAACCCGCAGUAACCGCCCUCUGCCACUGCACCGACUGCCAAAAGUGGUCCGGCGGAGCCUACACCUCGAACGUGGUGGUCCCACGCACCAACAUGAAAGUCACGAAAGGCAACACGCCUGUUGUCGGAGCGCUCAAGACGUACGACGCCGUUGGAAACUCGGGAAAGAUCAACAAGCACUUCUUCUGCGGGACCUGCGGAAGCAGUCUGUAUACGGAGCUGGAGGUCAUGCCGGAUGUGGCUUGUAUCAAGGCGGGUGGGUUGGAUGGCGGGAAGGCGGAUUUGGGUCAGGUUGGGGUGGAGUUUUAUACCAAGGAUCGGGUGAGCUUUGCUAAGGCUAUUGAUGGUGCGAAGCAGGAGAAGGUUUUUGGUUAG